UUCUUUUCUUCUCUGUUUAACAGUUCUUGUAUUGCAGAUUAGUAAGGAAAGGCUUAACUCUUAAUUUAUGAUGAUUAUUAUUGUUAACUAACUGUCAUCGUGUGACAUUAUUUCGAUAUUUGAGAAAAAGGUAGUUGAAUUUUGAAAGCGGGUAUUCAGUCGUAUCAGGCGAUGGGUCCCAGUCCGGUAAGAACUUUGCAAAGACAUUUUAGCUUGUUUUGCUUUGUUUUUUUGAGUGUCAGUGGUAUGCUUGAGUCUGAGUAAGAGCGAUCGGAGCUGUGUUGUGUUUUUUGUGCCUACCUGGUCAGUUUGUUGAUCACGUGAUUUUUUCCUCCCCUCCCCCACCCCCCUUCUCCGAACGAUGCUCUAGGUUUAGCGAGGAGGAAGGCUACGCAGAGACCCGGCCGGCGGUGGCAUCGAGCGCCGCGGCGGAGGCAACGACGAUGAACGGCGGCAUCUACGACGAAGCGAGCCGGCCGGCCGGCGGAGAAUCCCUUCAGCCCCUGCACAUCCCUGCCAAGAGACUGACGCCGACGAGCUAUCCGGCAGAGUGCGGCGGCGGCGCAGAUCCGGCCGGGGUCAUCCGGCACGGCAACGGACAACCGGCCUGGGGCUCGGCCGGAUACCCGGAGUCCGCCUUCGUCGACCACGUGCCCCAGUAUCCGGCGCAGCCCCUGUGCAAUGCUGUUCGUGACGCCGGCUACUACUACAACGCCAAGCCGGCGCAGAGCUCCCCGCUCAAGUUCUGGUCGAACUCGUACGAGGCCGGCCCGAGCGCCGUCGACCAGCCCUUCGGCGCGCAAUCCUGGUGCGGAUACGCGCCGUAUGCCGGAGCGCGCGUCGACCCGCAGCCCGUCUCCUACUUCCCGGACGAUCGAGCCAGGGGCCCGGACACCGGAUAUCCGCAGACGGAUGCCUACGGACUCAGAAGCUUCUCCGGCGAAGUCCACUGCCCCACCACCUACGUCCAGACCACCUCAGGAGGUGAGCCUAUGACCACAACCAACCCUUUGGAAUGGACAGGUACGGUGACUGUACGGAAGAAGAGGAAACCUUACUCUAAGUUUCAGACUCUGGAGUUGGAAAAAGAGUUCCUGUUCAACGCGUACGUUUCAAAACAAAAGCGCUGGGAAUUGGCAAGAAACUUGAACCUCACAGAGCGACAAGUCAAGAUCUGGUUUCAGAACCGGAGAAUGAAAAGUAAAAAGACCAGUCAGCGGAAUACAGAAAAUAACCAAAACAAUACAAAUACAGCCAAUAACAGCAGUAAUAGUCAACAUACAAAUGCUGCAGCCAAACUUAGCGCGUAACUAAUUCAGAACUGAAAGCCAUGUGUGUGGUAUUUUCGCCAAAUUGUCGGAAAACUGAUUUUCUUAUAGAUACGUUGUGUUGUCAUGAGGACUCGUUUUGGGCGAGGUAAAUAUUUCGUAGAGAGAAUUUUUUUCCUUUGAUAUGACAAAAAUAUUUGUUCAUUAAAUGUGGCUUGGAAAGUGAUAGGUUAUUUUCACGUAUUCCUGACAUUUUGUCUUAUAACAUUAAUUUAUUCUUAAUGUCAUUGUUAUAGGCCGGCAAAAUUAAAACGAUUACGGAAAUCAUUCAUUUUUCAUUUUCAGGUGUUUUGCGUAAAAGUUAUAAACCCCGCGAAUGACAACGGAACAGUCAUUCUAAGCCAAUAAAAAUUAAAAGGGAAAAAACUGUUUUGUGUAAGCAUGAUAUAGUUUCUAGGGUCUUAACUUAGAAUGAUAUUAGUAAUAUUCAAGUGCUAUAUCAAUUGCUCGUAAAAAAAAAAGUAUUAAAACUAUUAUUUUUAACCUUUUAGUAAUAUUUCCACAAUAAUAAAGCAUAACAUAUCAAACGUUUCUUCGAGUGAAGAAGAAAGAAGCUGAAAACAUAUUCCCUCAUGGUAUACUUUGAAAAAAUUUUGAACAAUAAAUCUGACGAAAUAUACGCACACAAUAAUUAGGACCAUGAUCCAGAUUUUAAAAAAUCGAUAUCAUUCCGCUUCUGGUUGACGUCAUAACUCCUCCCUCAAACCGUUUCCGGAGUUUCUAUGUGAAGACGGCUUGAAUGAGGUACUAUGACGUCAAUCCGAAGCGAAUUGCUACCGACCUUUUACUAGAAUAAGGCCCUUAGCGUACAUUUUAACGUCAAAAUCCUUCCUGGUUUAUGAUAUAGCAAAUUUAUUUUAAGUGCAAUAAGAAAAAUUCUUUACCACGAAUUUUACCUCAUCCAAUAAUUCCUAGUAAUAACAACACAACGUGCCAAAGCUGGUCAUCUAAUAAAUGACAUCGAAAUCUGAUCUUCAUUUUCGAAAGAGCACAAAAGAAGAACAAUAACCAGUUUUUAGCACAAAAGCCGAAGUGCUAAAAAACGAUUGCCAUAAUUGUCCACAAAAAAUAACGGAAAGUUUAUUUAGAUGAUACUUUGGAUUGCAGUUAUUCAGGGAUAUAAACGUGUAUUUUGCGAGUCUACUUGGUAUGUACAAAAUAUAUACUCAAUGUACAAAGUUACCAAUCUUCACUGUACAAAGGAACUCAGAGCUAGAUGAAAGCGCAGGAAGCUUUGGACUGGCAGUUUUGAAUAGAUUUUUUAUUAAUCUUAUUUCAUAACCUCAAACAGUGGAAUAUGUGUGCAUUAAAUUUGUACAAGAAAACUCAGAGUUUGCCGUUUCUGAAUAUAGGCACAUGCAAAAGAAGCAAAAACUGUUCAAAGAAAGUCAUAUGUUCCAGUGAUUAUCCUAGUUGCAACACAGGUAUCAUAAGAUAAUUCUAUAUUCUCUUAUAUAAAACUGUCAGCUGAAAUUAUGUCACUGAAGCACAUUUGAACGCAAGGAAUAUUUGAUAUUUUUAUAGUGCCAUCUAGAUAUAAAUUCAUACGCAUACGAAACAUUUUAUAUCUGUUUUUCUUCAUUUUUCUGUUUUUUUUUUUCCAAAAUGUUUCUUAUAACUUCUCAAGAGAAACUGAAAUUUGGAAGUACAUAAAAUUACAUUGUAUAAUACAAAUAUUUUUUGGAAAGAGAUAAUUUUCAGUACUGCAGCAAAAUUUUUUUUUUUUUUUUUUUAAUUUUAGAGCAGUGUUUUUGAAACUUAUGUGAACUAGACCUUCAACACGUAUUUUGGAGGAAAAUUAAAUGAAUAUAAACAAAAUAUAAGAAAUCUGUUACAUUACAUAGCAUUUAAAAAUCUUGAUUGCCCAACAUUUAUGUUGUGAUUUAUACACAGGAGGAUUAUGAACUACUCUGUGUUCACCGAAAGGAUGGACCGAAAGUAAACAAAUAGGUUGCCAGAUGGUUAGUCAUUGUGGCUAAUUUUGGGAAUUUUCCCUGGAAUAAAAAAAUAAUAAUAAUUUGAAUUUUGACAUUUUGAAUUCAAAUUAUGUUUUUCACAAUCACAAGUGUGUGUAUGUAGGCGCGUGUGUUUGUGUGUGGGGUAUGUGUGUUUGUGUGUAGGGGUAUGUGUAUGUGUGUGUAGGCAUGUGUGUUUGUCUGUGUGCUGGCAUAAAUGUGUGGGUAGUUGUGUAUAUGAAUGUGUGUAUGUGUGUGUGUGUGGGGGGGUAUGUGUAUGUGUGUGUAGGCAUAUGUGUUUGUGUCAGUGUGCAGGCAUGAAUGUGUGGGUAGUUGAGUGUAUGUGUGUGUGCGUGCGUGUGUGUGUGUGUAGCUGCGUAUGUAUGCGCGUGUGUGUAGGACAUGGAUGCAACCUGGAGACGGCUUUCGCUCUAGGAGCAGCAUCGUGAGGAGCCGGUCGACGGUGACAGGGUGCGGAGGGGAAAAUAAAAAGAUAGGACAUCAAAACAGUCAAAUGAGAACAAUAAGCAAUCGUUAUUGCUCAAAAAACCAAACCUACGAGGCAUUCGCCGUCUGCUAAGCACCAAUUUGUUCUUCUCUAAACCUAACACGUGUUUGCAGUCUCCAGAUGGCGCAUUUCUUUGUUUACAUCUAGUCUAUCUUUCCCGGGAGCACAGUAUAGAGUGAUACACACAAUUAGUCAAAAUGGCUUCAUAGAGGAGGCUUCUCGCUUGUUUGCUACAAGCUUGAAAAACUACUGCUCAUUAUUGAAAUUUUAAUUUGGUAAAAUACAAUAUGUUACAAUAUUUGAUACACAUUUUACAAGUAAUUUUUAUUUAAAACCAAGUUCUGAAGCAAGGUUGCACGCGAAGCAACUUGAGUAUAAGAAAUAUUUUGAGAAAGCACAAUACCGCGGUUUAAAAAAAAAGUAAGACAUUCGUUUUUGAAUCGCAAGAGUUAUUUAAACAAUUCAUAAUCUGUAGCGAAAGAUUGGUUUUCGUAGAUUUGUUAGAUUAACUGACUCAUUAAAUUUAAACGAAACGAUUACGAUAUCAACCUGUGAAAACAUUUGUUUAUUUGCCAUUUGAGUUACAAUACGAGUAUUUCAUUAUGUCACUAAACAAAAAUGAAAAAGUUUGAAUUAAUGUGAUAAACUAUUAUAUUUGCCGUUUUCGAUAAUUAUAUUUUGCCACACCAAUUCUGUUUUUGAAAGGUCAGGUUGAUUUAUACUCAACUGAAUAGAAGCAGUGUAGUAAUGAGCAGAUUGGACUUUGGAACACAAUGCACAAAUGUGUUUCAUAUCUAUGAGGAAUUUUUCGUUCUAUGCCAUGCAACAAGUUUGCCAUUUCGGUCUUAUAGCUUGGUCGUGAACUGAAGAAUGGGCUCAUUGUACGUCUGAAACAUUUGUAUGCAAUUUUCAUGUUGAUUUGACCAGUCAGCGACAAUUAAAUAAUAUGUUCUUGCAAUAACAUAUUUUCAAAUACUUUUAUCAAAUAUCUACCUAAGGGCAAUAGUUGGGAUACUGGUAGGAUAAUAGUUCACUCUUUUUAUUCAAAGUUUUAAACCAAAUCAUGUAUGUAGAACCAGUUAUACUUUCUUUUAUAACCAAAAGUUUUAUUAAUGUAGUUUCAAAUUCAUUGCUCUAAAAGACAAACAGAAAUGAUGUACAUUCUAAUUUACUAAAGUAAUCACAGUGUUAUUUAGCAUGUGUCUUUAACUAUAAAGGUAAAAUUAAUAUGGUAAUACUAUAAAAAAGAGUGAUCGCCCAUUUUUCUUCCUCAAUUACUGAGACAUAUAGAUUUCACAAUACGAGCUUAUUUCAGUACAUGUACCCUUCAAAUGGUUACACUUCUGUCUUCAAUCGACUUGAAAGAUAUUUCAUGUGAAUAUUGAUUGGUUUUUAAUAUAAGCAUCCUACUUCAAAGCAAUAUAUGAAUAUGUUUGUAUUAAUGACUUAAACCUGGAAUUCAUUAUCUUGAUCUAGAUAUUAACGUUAAAACAGGAAUUUUCGUUGAUGAAAAUAUGCGUGAAUUUGUAAUAAGAUUUGUACUCAAAGUUUUGUAUUCAAGAAUAUUUUAAAAAUAACUUUAUUUAAUCUGCAUACAAAUGCAUAUUUUAAGUCAUAAUUUGAAAAUUAAUUACAUGCUUAAGCAUAACUGAAUUUUGAAUCGUAUGUAGACUAGAGCAUUACGUCAUAGAGACGAAACAGCUUCUGCGCAUGUCCUGGACAACCGAAUUUCCACUCGUGUUUUUUUUUUUUUUUUUUUUGUCUUGGUGGCGUCACGCUCUAAUCUUGAUGUGGAUUCAUAUUUGUUGUUGCAUUACUUUGAAGUGUCUAAAUUUGAGAAAUUGAUGUAUAUAAAUGUGUUCAAAUAAAUACACAACGGUGAAAUGUUCAUUAAAAAUAAUAAAUUCCGAAUUUACUUACAUUUGUUCAUGGCAGAAUUUUAAUAAAAUAAUAAAUUAUUUGUACAUAGUAAUAUAUAGGAAAAAGGUUAUGUUUGUUUGUUUGUUUCACUGAAGUUAAGGUUACGUUUCUAAGUAUAUAUUUUAUGAAGCUAUUUUCUUUAACCAACCUCUAAACAAAGCAAAAUUUGUCAAAAAUUCAUGCUUCCCCCCCCCAGGCCCUUCUGUUUCAGUUUUCGUUUUUAGAUGAAAAAAUGAAUGUAUUUGUUGAUUUUCAGGGAAUAACCUGCAUUAAGUAGCAAUUCAAAAAAUAUAAAGAAAAUAUCUCUCCCCGACGACAAUAGUAGCACAUCUCAAAAGAAAAAAAGAGACAAGAAACAGCAUUGGAGAAAAUCAAGGUUUUACGCAAUAUACUACUGUUAAUUCAUUUAUUCUCAAAUACUACAACGUGCGCAAAACAUUUAUAAUCUUAAGUUUACCUAUUGGUUUUUGUAGAGUUUGGAAAUUUUUUAAGUUAGGAAACUUUAUUGAUGUGUCAUCAUUGAUUAUAUCGUUUAUACGAAAAUAACUUUGCGAGUUUUGUGACAAGAAAGAGCAUUAAUUUUAGACUUUAAGCAAAUAAUUUAUGUUUUUCAAAUUUUUGAGAUGCACCACUGUUGUCCUCUGUGAGGGAUAUAAGAGGUACUUUUGAUAAAUUUCCUAUAGACAAAUCAUAGUUUUUGUUUCGAUUAUUAAUUGGAAUGCAUAAUUUCUGAAGUGACUGCACUUACAAAACUGCUAAUCGAGUCUCACAAACUCGGCAUGAUAUGUAUCGAAUCUGUGACGAGUUUGUAAAAUGCGGAACUUUCAGAUAAUUGAAUCUAAAAUGAGACCUAUAGUUUGAACAGGUGGUUAAUACUUUAACAUAUCAAUUUCCUGGCAUUAUCAGAACAAAUAUUUAUGUCAUGGAAAAAUAAAGGUUUCUCUCUGUGUGGGAAGCAAUAUAUAAUACUAAAAAGCAAGUUGAAGCAACUCCUGCGAACGUUUCAAAAUAUAAAAUUUUGUUUCAAAAUAUAAAAUUCAAAAUAUAAAAUUUUGAAACCUUUUUCAUUAAAAAAAAUAUGUUUUUUAGGAUGCCAAUUUACACGCGAACGAUCGAGUUUGUGAGGCUCAACUGUAUAACACCAUUUUCUGGUUGUUUCCUGGAAAAAAAAAUGGACCACUUAAUUUCUAGGGUUGACAAACCCUAAUGGGAGAGUUGUUUUUUGUAUUGAGAAUUAUACAUUCUAAGUUAUUGAUUACAUUUUUUUAAAGCGUUGUUCAAAGUUUUCUAUGAAGCAUAUAACUAUGUUGAAUGGCGAACUGUUUUAUUUUCGUCUUACAAAUUUAGAGUUCAUAUUUCUUGCUUAUUUUUUGGUAACACAUAUGCAGGUUGUUUCACAAUAUGUACACGCAUUGGAAAUUCAUGAAAAACUUGUCAAAUGUACAAGGUUUAAUUUCUGGGAGGUCAACAAUCCAAUAAAAAAUAAAUGUGCAAUUGGAUUUUCGAUUUAGAAAGCACUAAGAGAAAAAACCUAAACCUUUUCAGUGCAGUGUACGGUAAUGAGUUUUAUUACAAACAUGAGUUCACCUCACUUCUCUGUCAUAACAAUGAGCGCCCAUAACUAAUAAAACUUAACAAGACAACUGCAUACAUAGAACACAUAAGAAGUCUGAUUUCCCUUGCGUUUUCGUAUCUUACGCUAUUCAAUUUAUAACUGUGGGGCCCAUUAAAAUAUAAGAUGUACCCUUAGAGCAGACAUUUGACAGAGAAAGGAUUUAUUACCACACUUCAUGAAACAGAGUUUUGUUGGAAUAUCACGUGAUAAAGUUUUUUUAAAUGGUGACCUGACAAUCCCUCAUGACGCCAAACUUGAACGGUGCUCGAAAUUUACAUAUCGGUUUGUUGGCAAAAAACGCUCAGUAUAGUUUAAGUUAACAGCAUUAAACCAUUGUGAACCUCAUUGAACUGUUGCCCCGAAGGAAGUACAUAGACCUGUCACGUGACAAUGAAGAAAGUGAGAGGUGUUCGCCGAGACAUAAUGGGUUUGGUUUCCUGAGUGGUUGGAGCAUUUUAUCAUUAUACAUUUGUUGCUCUACUUCUUCUGAGGGUGUAUCGUCGUAAGCCAUGUUAGUUGGACACAGUUUGAGUUAAAAUUCAAUUAGUAGAUGCAGAAAUCUUACUGGAUGCUUAGAUGCGAAGUAGGAAAUCAGUCUUGAUUCGUACUGAGAAAAUGAGGGAUGCUGAAGGUCAUCAAUUAGAACAUUUACUUUAGUAACGGUUUGAAAAAUUCGAUUUGAACAGAAACUACUCUUCGUUUCAAUUUUUCGUCUGAAGCCUUACAUUUCCAAGAAAUUUUACCCUGUAAUUUUGAAAAUGAAUUUCCAAUGGCAUUGAAAGUUUGUAUACAGCGUGAGUCUUAACGACAUGGGAAUAUCUUACUGGGUAUUAGAAAACAUCUAAACAAGCAAGGAUAUGUAAGGAACUUACGUGGAGCGAACUCAAUGUUACAGCGCUACAUGCGCACGAGCCAGAAACUGACUGAUGUGAAACAUGUAUGAAAUUUAUCUCACUAAAACAAUUUUACAUCAGUCAGUUUCUGGCUUUAUGUGCAGGUCAACUUUGAGUUUACGAUUUUAAGUCUCUAUAUCUUCGCCUCAGAGCAACAGUAAUAUAUCUAAUCCCAGGAAUAACAGUAUGAUGUCCAACUGCGGCGUUAAGGCGACGAUAUAUUCUUGCUUGUUUAGAUGUUUCUACCACCCAAUAAAAGUAUUUCCGCGUUGUUCUCAAUUACCCCGUAUACUUUUAUGAUUUUUCUUGUUAUUCGAUUCUGUCUUCUUUCGCCUCAUUUUGCAGGCUUAAGUUCCUAGCUCCUAAUUUCUUUAGAGCAAUUAGUAACUGAUGCAUUCCAGGUUUCAUCAUUACAAGGAACUCCUUUUUUCAUGCAAAUGAUGUAAGCUAUGUGGAUGAAAAUACAAUAGAUAACUGGCUUUUUCUCUUCUUACAUGAGUUUUGCUAAGUUCACAUCUUGUGCAUUUGAAAAAGAGAUUCUUUGUAACCACAAAACAAGUUUGUGCAAUUUUAUUUGCAUAAGUGGGCUUAAUAAUGGCUGUAAUUACCAUGUUUAUGUAGACUAUAUUGAAAGAUCCCUUAGUUUUCAAGUGUAGCAAAAGACAACCAGAUCUUUAAAAAUUUUAUCUGUUAAUAAAUUACUUCUAAUCCCUUCUGUCUCUGAGGUACAGAAUUUUUAACUUAGUAAAAUGGAAGGGCAAUGCCCCUUUACUCUUAAAAUAGACACCCCUCCCCCCCCCCCGUGCAAGCCGCCUAUGGCAUGCAAAGUUCAUGCACUAGGUAGGUGAAAUGUGGUUCCUAAAUCACGCUGUACAGCAGCUCCUACUAGAAUUAUUAGUAUGAUAUCUUACCCCAAAAUAAAAGAAAGUUUCGUCUACCAUUUUAACUAGUUUUGAUCUCUUGCCCCGAAACAGAAGAGAGUUUCGUCUACUAUUUUUACUAGUUAUCUCCAAAAUUCGAAUAUUGGUACUUACACCCCUUUGCUGUUAAGUUUUUCUAUGUUCAUCGACAAUCAAUUGCUGUUUACAGUAUCCAAACUGAAGUAACAUUGUUCUUUUAUAUAGAACAGCUACUAUUAGUAAAAACAUCAAAAUGUGACUUCAAUAUCUAUUAUUGUGGCCGAAAAUAAUUUCUGUAUAUCUACAAUCUUUGGCAGCAUCAACUGUCUAUAUAAUGCAUAUUUUUGGACAUUUUUUUUUUUGAAGAAGUGUAAAUUUUUCGGCAAUUCUCACUAAUAUUAUUUAUUUAUAAAAAUGCUGUCAGCUUAUUGGAGAUAUGUAUAAUUUUUUACAACCUUAUUUUUUGAAUAAUAGAUAAUUAUAUAUAUAUAUAUAUAUAUAUAUAUAUAUAUAUAUAUAUUUUUUUAACGUGGAUUCAUGUAAUUCUACUAAAUUUGAUGGGAAAUGCGGUCCAACAAAGGAGCUAUACUUAUUUAUGUUUCGGUAGUUUUUUUAGUAGUUGAACGUUUUUCUAACACCCUGGACUAUUUAUAGCUUUUGGGUACAUAUGAAUUUGAGAUGAACGUAUUUGACAUCCUGUUUGCGUUUCAUUAAAAUGAUUAAUUAGUUUGGUCAAUAUUUUUACAUAAAAGCUAUGACCACAUUAUUCGUGUAUUGAUACCAGACAACUCUUGAAAAUCUGGUUUCACUUUUGCUACGUUUUGGCUUUGUUUUUUAGUGUUUUUCCUUUUCCUUUUUGGCUUCAAUAAUCUGAAACACCUAAAAUGAUUGAGUAGCGCUUAAAUAUUUAAAUACAAUAGUUCUUGAUCUAAAACAUAAUUGUUUUUAUAUUUAGUAUGUAAAAAUCUCAUUGGAAACUUACCUAGCAAAUCUAUUGUAAUUUAUUAUAUUAUAAGAUAUAAAAAUAUUCAGGAAGCAUCACUAUCAAAUGCUAUUUUUAAAAUGUUCUCGUAGUUUUUUUUACUGUACCUUAAUGUUUGAAUAUGUGAUCUCAUUAUUAUUUUGAUUAUGUUUCUCAUGCACAUUCUAAUUUAGUAUUGUUGCUCUUUUUUUUUUUUUUUAACAUAAAAUACCUGAAGACGACAAGUGAAUUCAAUUUUCUUCCAAAUAACGCAUGGUAUUUUAUAGUAAUGAAUUUCUCUUUCUGUGUGUGUAUAUGUAAAUAUGAACAUGGGCUGCUGGCAAUCAGACUUUUCUCUGCAAUCAGUUUUGAAUGAACCACAUUUUUAAAUAUAGUUACACAGGAUGUUUGAAAAUUCAUAUAAAAAAUUCAAUAGAAUAGCUACACAUUGUCGCAUGAAUAUGUGGUUUAUGCAAUAAUACUUCACAAGGUCACGAAUAUUUUGUGACAUGGUGAAAAGUGAAAAAAAAAAAAAAAAUAAAUAAAUAAAUAAAAAAUAAAUAAUAAAUAAAAAAUUAAAAGAAAAAAAAACUUCCAAAUUGUGUUAAAAAGUGGCACCGUACCGUCCCAGCAAGAAAAACAAACGAAAUAGUAUUAGGUGUUUUAACAUUUUAUUAAACAGAAAGCAAUGAGUUCAAUGUGUGUACCGUUUGGUGCGUGAACCACAUCUGAACGUAACUCAAGUUCAUUUCAUGUUCUAGCUAGCAUGGAGUGCGGAAUAGUUUGUGCUACUUGGAUAAUUCGUAUCUUCAGAUCUUCAAUACUAGCAAUGCUACACAAUUUGACCCAGAUUAACACAAAAACAUUCGGUAACCUCGCAGGAUUUCUAGUGCAAACCGUGUAUUCAUACGACAAUUUGCUGCUUUUCUAUGAACUUUUUAAAUGUGUGAAGGACUUUUUUUAGACACCUUGCACAAUUACUCCCGCUUAAAACAGCUCUACUUUUAUUCAGUAAUCUGAAUUUGCAUUUAUCGAUUUUAUGUAUCCUUUAGUAAAGUUUACUAUAAAACUAAAGAUUUUGUAGGUUCAGACAGAUAAAGCUGUAUUAACUUGAUCAACUUUAGUUCUCAGAAAGCUUCAUAAUGUAAUUACGAAUGAGUAGAUCUGAACUUUUUAUUAUUUUACGAAAAAAAGUUUAACUUUAUCUAAUUUUGGUUCCUUAAUGUUUCAAGCUCUUAAGAUACGGGCAUUAAAAUUGCGUGGAUUAUUUCUAUCUGAAAACUUGUAAAGCAUACCUAACAAACUAAUUCGCUACGUUAAGCAAACCCAAACAAUCAUUUCGAAACUGAAUUUCAAAGAAGAACAUUUUAUGAUGUAUUGUUUCAAAAUUAAUUCAAUCGUUGAGAUCGCAACUAGCGGUUCAAAAUUAAUUCAAUCGUUGAGAUCGUAACAACUAGCGUUUCAAAAUUAAUUCAAUCGUUGAGAUCAUAACAACUAGCGUUUCAAAAUUAAUCCAAUCGUUGAGAUUACAAAAACUAAGUUUUUCAAUGGAGUUUUAAUUAAGUUCAAUCAAUUAACUUAAACUAAUAAAGAGUUUUUUUCUUGUCUUGGAAAAUUCAAGUUCAAGGGUUUUUAGUUUCUUUAUCAUCACUCAAAACUGUUUGCAGCAUUAUUCGUGCAAUCCAUGGUAUGAAUUAAUUUACGGGAAGAUUACCUCUUUUUGAUAAACGUUGUUUUUGUUCAUUUGUAUGGAAAUAAAAUUUCCAUCGAAUUUGCAAUCGUUACUGGAAUUGUUAUCAUGAUUAGAAAAUCUGCUCUUGUUUAUAAAGUGUGCAAUGAUAAGUACCUUAUUUAAGCAGAUAUACAAAGAUUUUUAUACUUUCUGAAACAAAAUAAAAUGUUUCAAACUCAGUUACAUUCAUUGAAAAAAUUACUUCAUUUUUGUAUAAAUAUUCAUAUAUAUAUAUGUACAUAAUUAUAUCACGUAUUGAGUGUGAUAUAUAUGUAUAUGUUGUGAAGUACGGAAAUAAAAGUUGAUC